AUGCCCUCAACAACCCUCCUCUCCCUCUCACGGGGAAUCCGCCGUCUCAAUGCCAAUUACAUUGCCUCAUAUCCAUAUCCAUGUUUGACUGCGACCUCGCGCGCGACUGCCAGGACAUUGUCGACCCUCCCGAACAUCCCCCUCUUCCGCGCCCUCAAAAACCACGAUCCUACGUCACAAGCUGUGAUCCAUAGCGCGUCUUCGCGAUCAUUUACAUAUGGGAAUUUACUCGCGGAUGUGCUUGCAGCCAAAGAGAAACUACGGAUAAAGAGUGGCAGUGGCUCGUUGGCAGGCGAGAGAGUUGCGUUUUUGGCGGAGAAUAGCUAUGAUUACGUAGUAACGCUGCUCUCGAUCCUGGCGCAUGAUGCCAUCGCCCUUCCCCUCUCGCCGGGGUUCCCCGUCGGGGAACUAAAGUAUAUCAUGGAUAACUCUGGCGCAAGCGUUCUUCUCGCCACGGAGCGGUAUGGGGAUAAGGCGCGAGAAGUCCUGGGUGCUGGGCUAGAUAAUCAGAUCGUCCUGGAUGUUAGGGAGAAGAUUCUCCAUGGGGGGAGCGUUUCGGAGAAGGUAUCGCUGGAGGAGUUUGGGCAGGGUCUGAAGGGGGGGAUGAUGCUUUAUACGUCUGGGACUACAAAUCGGCCGAAAGGAGUCUUGAUACCCCAAUCCGCGCUCACAGCGCAGGCCGAGUCCCUGAUCCAAGCAUGGAAGUAUACCUCCAACGACAGGUUACUGCACCUUCUCCCCCUGCACCACAUCCACGGCACCGUCAACGCAAUUGUCACGCCCGUGCUAGCAGGCUCCUCGAUUGAGUUCAUGUACCCCUUCAACCCAGCGACCGUCUGGAACCGCCUCGCCGCGCCAUUCUUCCCUAACACCACCGCCCACAAAAACCCACCCACCAGGCAGGAAAUAACCUUCCUAACCGCCGUCCCCACAAUCUACACAAAACUCCUCUCCACCUUCGCCUCGCUCCACCCAGAAACCCAAUCUGCGGCCCAAAAAGCUAUAUCCCCGCAAAUUCUUCGCCUGAACAUAUCCGGCUCCGCGGCCCUCCCGACACCCGUCAAGCAAGCAUGGCAGGAACUAAGCGGUGGGAACGUAUUGUUAGAGCGGUAUGGGAUGACGGAAGUUGGGAUGGCGAUUAGCUGCGGGCUGAAGUUUGGGGACCGGGUUGAUGGGAGUGUGGGGUGGGCGUUACCCUCCGUCGAAGCGAGGUUGGUUGACACGGAUACCAACGAGGUUAUUCGACCCGGUGAGGAAAUCGAUCCCGUCACGGGUCGUGAGCGGGAAGGUGAAAUCCAACUGCGAGGACCGUGUUUGUUCAAGGAAUACUGGGGUAAUGAACCCGCUACCACGGAAGCCUUCGUCCCCGGUGAUGACGGGAAAGGGAAGUGGUUCAAGACCGGCGACGUCGCUGCGAGACGGGAUAUUCGUGCUGCUGGGAAGGGUGGUAGUGGGGAGUGGGCGAGGGGACCUAUGUAUUUCAUUCUGGGCCGGCGGAGUGUUGAUAUUAUCAAGACGGGUGGGGAGAAAGUCAGUGCGUUGGAGGUGGAGAGGGAGUUGCUUUCUCUGCCCCAAAUAACCGAAACCGCCGUACUGGCCCUUCCCAGCGAGCAAUGGGGCCAGAAAGUCGCUGCCGUUGUCGUAUUGCAUCCCGAUGCCGGAGCAUCAGGCAAGAAAGGGAAAUGGGGCGUUAUGGAUAUGAGGCGCGCGUUGAAGGAUCGGUUAGCGGCGUAUAAGAUCCCAGUGGAGAUGAGGGUUGUGGAUGCGAUUCCGAGGAAUGCGAUGGGGAAGGUUAAUAAGAAGAUGUUGAUUAGGGAAGUUUUUAGUGCUUGA